GCCCAAAUGAAGAGAACUCAACUAUUUCUUGUGGGGGUCUACUUGCUGUGCUCCUGCAGGGCAGAAGAGGGGCUGAACUUCCCCACAUACGAUGGGAAAGACCGUGUGGUUAGUCUCACUGAGAAGAACUUCAAACAGAUUAUGAAGAAAUACGACUUGCUCUGCCUCUACUACCACGAGCCUGUGUCUUCAGAUAAGGUGGUGCAAAAACAAUUCCAACUAAAAGAAAUUGUCCUUGAGCUUGUGGCCCAGGUCCUAGAGCAUAAAAAUAUAGGCUUUGUGAUGGUGGAUGCCAAGAAAGAAGCCAAGCUUGCCAAGAAACUAGGUUUUGAUGAAGAAGGAAGCCUGUAUAUUCUUAAGGGUGAUCGCACAAUUGAGUUUGAUGGAGAGUUUGCAGCUGAUGUAUUGGUGGAAUUUCUCUUGGACGUAAUUGAAGACCCAGUGGAGAUCAUUAAUAGCAAAUUGGAAGUCCAAGCCUUUGAACGCAUCGAGGACCACAUCAAACUCAUUGGCUUUUUCAAGAGUGAGGACUCAGAAUAUUACAAGGCCUUUGAAGAGGCAGCUGAGCACUUCCAGCCUUACAUCAAUUUUUUUGCCACCUUCAACAAAGGAGUCGCAAAGAAACUGUCUUUGAAGAUGAAUGAGGUUGCUUUCUAUGAGCCAUUUAUGGACGAGCCCAUUGCCAUCCCCAACAAGCCUUACACAGAAGAGGAGCUCGUGGAGUUUGUGAAGGAACAUCAGAGACCUACUCUACGUCGCCUGCGCCCAGAAGAUAUGUUUGAGACAUGGGAAGAUGAUAUGAAAGGGAUUCACAUUGUGGCCUUUGCAGAGAAGAGUGAUCCAGAUGGCUACGAGUUUCUGGAGAUCCUGAAACAGGUUGCCAGGGACAAUACCGACAACCCUGACCUGAGCAUCGUGUGGAUCGACCCGGAUGACUUUCCUCUGCUCGUUGCCUACUGGGAAAAGACUUUCAAGAUUGACCUGUUCAGGCCACAGAUUGGGGUGGUGAAUGUGACAGAUGCUGACAGUGUCUGGAUGGAUAUUCCAGAUGACGAUGACCUGCCCACAGCUGAGGAUCUGGAAGACUGGAUUGAGGAUGUGCUUUCUGGGAAGAUAAACACUGAAGAUGAUGAUAAUGAAGAUGAAGAUGAUGAAGAUGAUGAUGACAACAAUGAUGAUGACGAUGAUGACAAUAAUUAUGAUGAAGAUGAUGAUGACAGUGAUGAUGAUGAUGAGUAG